AUGGGCCUUCGUCGAACAGCUGCAUCGGUUUUGGUGAGCGUCAAAACGUCGUCAUCCGAUGUGGCCGCAAUGGCACCCGCUCUAACGGAGCCCGUGACACAGAGUAAAUUGUCAUCACCGGCCACAGCCGCUUCACCCCAUCCUGAUAUUCAUUCAUCAACCAAUUCAACCCUUGUGGAUGAUCAUCAUUCGCACAAUUACUAUUCGGUGCGUCAGAAACAGCAAGGUGGGGAGGAAGUGAGGGCUGUUGGUGGUGGCGGCGGCGGUGGUGGUGUCACAAAGGGUUCCUUCCAAUUAGCAUUUGUGGAGUCUGUUGGCAUUGAGGCGUCAUCGAAUGGGCUGGCGGAGUCCGGUCCAGUGGAUGAUUCAACGCACAUGGAUCAGACAGUGAAUGAUAGGAGCACACUAGGUGACAACAUUGAAGAUGUGGAAAAGGUUGAGGAGAAUAUUGUUGUGGUGGGUAGUACGGGUAGUGGUGGUAGUGCUGAGAAAGUGGGAACAGGAGGAAUUGCUGUGAAGAUUCCAGCAACAUCAGCAGCAGCAGUAGCAUCAUCAUCAACAUCAUCAUCAUCGUCAAAUGCACAAAUGGGUGUUGUGACAAAAAGUGGUGGUGGUGAUUAUAUGAAAGAGAGUGCUGAGAUUGAGCAAUUUAUGGGUGAAUUGGCAUCAUCCAGUGACAUUGAUCUCUUUCAAGUGUUCAAAAGUUUUGAAAAUGCUGCCCAAGCAGGCGAUGGUCUGUGUGAUCUCGUUGCACCAUUUUCCAUUUUUGGUGACGAUGUCAUGAGUGUCGAGGAGGUGUCAGCUGCCCAAAUUAAGGACAGUGACACCAUACAAUUGAGGCAGGAGAUUGAAAAGCGUCAGUAUCAGAUGCAACGUAAAUGUGACUUUCUCCUACGACGCCUCCGAAAGCUCCAAGUACGCUAUAUGGGUGGGCAUAUUAGUGAAGAGAUUGCUGGACUUUUUGAGCAUACUAGUAGAUUGCUCAAGAGGAAGGAGCGUGAACAAGUGAAUAAGGGUAUUGUGACUCCGGGUCAAGUGAUAGUUGAUGUUGUGUCUACAGCAACAUUUAUCCCACCGGCUGGCAGUGGUGUCAUUCAAAGUCAGCAACAACAAGAUCUCAGGCCACUCAAUCAAAUGGCACUGAGAUCCUAUCUCAAGCGCAUUGAGAAUGUUGCACUAACCCAAAAUUCCAUGGCACAAAAGAGAAGUUCGGCAGUUGUGACAUUGCCAGGUGGUAAGGGAUCCCCAGCAAUUGGGAGUCUCUUGCCGAAUCUCGAAGAAGUGUCAAGGAAUCAACUUGAACAUACAUCAGGAUUGUUGAGGACAGAAUUGAGAGCUGUAGAAUCAGCAAUGGAUUCUGAUGCCACAGCUACAAGUUCCGGUGGUGAAUCAGCUGAUGAAUUGGUCAACUAUACAAAUCCCACACAGCAAACACUAUCCAUAGCCAAAAGAGCAGCGUGGAGAUGGGCAAAAGAUCGUGCUGCAAUUGCAACACGCUGGAGUUGGCUUCUUGCUCAAAUAUCCGAUUUGGAAUAUCGUAUACGGCAACACAAUGAUCUGCAGAAUCAAAUACGUAAGAGCAAGGGUGCUGUGACAUUCGAAGAGCCACCGCCACAGCACUCAGUCAAUGGCUAUCGGGGUGUUUUGCCGGGAAAUUCCAAGGCAACAUCCGACACUGAAGAUGGUAGUACACCAAAUGGUGCCUACGAUCAACAGUCUGGCAGUUCGAGUCGUACAAGACCAUUUCAGAGGAGUGGCUUUAAGAAGCGAAAACUCCUACAAACUGCAAAUUUGCACACGAUCUCAAAGAAGGCCGCAAGAUCAAGCACUGUAAAAUGUGGUUGUCAGUGGCCUGUCCAUCCUUGUGCGCUCUGUACGGGACGCCAAGAUCCAACAGCACCCAGAGACCUGCCCGACAUGAUGCCAGUGUCGGAGAGAGUAGCCCUUCUGGAUCCCUGCUAUCAUCCAGUUCUCAGUUUCCCAGAAGACGUCUCUCAAAACAUCCACUUUGAAUCUGUAAUGCGAAUACCGGAGUGGCAAGUGAAGGUGGUGAGAAGUACGACCAAAGCACCACUAAAAAGUGCGACGACAACACAAAAGGCGUCGAUUAUGCGGGAGGAUCGUGUAAAACAGAAGCAACAUCGACUGUACGAUGAGCCAGCACGGAAACUUGGAAGAAAGUUUUCUCAGGGACUUGUCACAAAUAGAAUUAAAAAGGCAAAAGCGCGACGUGCUCUUCAAGGUAAAUAUGCGCAAUUGCUGAAACAUCAUAAAAAUCGUAAGGUGGCUGGAACGAAACCAUCAUCGACAUCGGGCUCAGAUACAGCUGGUUUGCAACAUGAUAUUGAAAAUGGUCUGCCACGCAGCAAAAAUUCAUCACCCACUCUAAAUUCAUCGAGUUACAAACAUGAAAGAUCGGGAUAUUCAGAUCUUCGUCGGAAUCGCAAUUCGUACGACAUUGACAAUAUUGUAAUACCAUACAGUGUUGCAGCGGCGACAAGAGUUGAGAUUCUGCCGUAUAAAGAGAUUCCAACACCAAAAUGGAAAGUUGUGAGUGAGAAGGAUUUUGUUGCGGAGAUUGAGAGUGAAUCUAGUCAAGCGGAUUUGCAUAUUGAGAGUGAAGAGACCCUCGGUGAAGUGAUAACUUCAAAACAUGAGCGUUCCCUUCUCGAUGAAAGGAAGAAAUUCUCGACAUUCUUAAAAUUUCCAUACAGUACUAGAUCACGUGCCAAUCGACGAAUAGACAGUAGAGCUGAGUCAAGUGGCGCAAAUACCCCAGAUCCAACAUCACCGAGUGUUGCAGUGGAUCAAGAGUCAAUACCUUCACCUGCAUGUCCGUCAACUCCGUUAACACCGCUAGAACACGUAGAAGGCACCACAGACACCAAUUCAACUCCAACAGCCCCCAUCCCGAAUCCUCUGUCAAAUUCAACGCUGUUGCGUUCAGAGAGGCGUCGAACAACGUCACUGAAGUUGCUGAGUCGGGAUCGUGAGGCGAGUGGUGUUGGUGGUAGUGGAUCCAUUGAUAAGGAUACACGACGCAGCAAUACGCCAGAUUUGAAAGAAACAAUCCCUCCGUAUGAGUCGCUGGUGUUUCCACUGCCGGAUGACAUAUACGAGGCGAUGCUGCACGCAAUGCCAUCAGAUCACUUAGUUAAAGAGUGCAUGAUGAUGGGUGCAAAGAGGCUGACUGCUGUGGCACAGUCAUGCAAACCAUCAUCUGGAACAGCAACAACAACAACAGCAUCAACAACGAUCAGUACGACGAUGCUCAAUGAGAGUGAAUCGACGAAUACGUUGAUGGACAAUAUGAUUGAUAUUGAUUCGGAUGCUGAGACGGAUUCAGUGAUUUCGGCUACGGCUGAAGAGGAUCCCAAUGAUCCGGAAUGGUUUGUUGAGGCCCAUGAACGACUAUGAAGAACUUUUUGUGGUGUGUCCGUCUUCUGAAAAAAAAAUGGGGACGUAGUGUUUAGAUUUUUUUUUCAAGUGAAAUUCUUCUCAAGAAAUAAAAAUUAGUUCACCAUGUCCUUUGUGUUUCCUCCGAAAAAUCAACACUGAUAAAUAAUGAAAAAAAAAUAUCUAAAAGGAAAAAAAUAGUUCUUUAAAUAAUUGAUCAAAUGAUCCAAAUGAUAGAAUUGAUUAAAAACAAAAAAUAGACACAUUAAUGUGUAAUUUUUGAAAUAAAAACAAGAAAAUUCGAAAAGCACUGCCAAACCCCAUUUAAUAAUAAAUUAUUAAAAAAAAGAAAAAUACGACUAUUCUAGAAAAAAGAAAAGAUAAAAUAAAAUGAUUCAAUAAAUUAAUUUCACAAUUUUUGUUUUCUUUUUUAAUGUAUAAAAAAAAUAUAAUUUUUGGGUGAAAUAUAAAAUGUAAAAAAAAUUGUUGGAAUUAAAACAAUAUAAACUUGUCUCUAGAGAGCAAAAAAAAAGAAACUUUUUUAAUGAAGAAAAAAAUGUAAAUAGAAUUUCUAAUGAUAAACGGGGAGAUGAUACUAAGGAUUCAAGUAAAUUAAUCUUUUUAUUAAAAAAACAAAAAAAAUGUAUAAAUAAAUGAAAGGAAAACCAACCAGUAACUCUCGUUUCUUCUUUGCUUUGAAAAACUCUUGUAAACUUUUCGUGUGGAAAAGGGGAAUUUACUUGCAAAAAAAAAGAAAA